AUGGCGCCUGAAAGACCCCCGCCCAGCUUAGCACCACUGAGUCGGUCUGUAUCUGGCGGGUCUCAGAAGGAGCUGACGAGCUCAGACUUCUCCCCCGCAGCCCUGGAAGACGUUCCACGGGUGUCUGGAGCCCGAUUUUUCGGGUCUCAUCUGUUUGAUCCCACAACCAGAGUCGGACUUUUUGGGGCUCCACCCGUGUCCGAGGGCCGCGCAGUGCGUCUGAUUGUUGGAUUGUUCAGUGUCUUGUUUAUUUUGGUGGUUUGUUUGUUGCUUUAUUGGGAAAAAGAAAUUAACGUGGGACAGUCCUUAACCACCCCUUUGAGCCUUACUCUAGAUCAUUGGUUGGACGUCGCCGACCGAGCUAACAACCAGUCAGUGGAAGUCAAAAAAACGUGGCGGACCUUUUGUUCCUCAGAAUGGCCCACACUCGAUGUGGGCUGGCCACAGGAUGGCACCUUUGAUAAAAAUAUUAUUUUGCAGGUCAAAGAACGGGUCUUCGAUAAGGGACCCCAUGGACACCCUGACCAGGUCGCUUACAUCGUCACCUGGGAGAGUUUGGCCUAUGAUCCACCCCCCUGGGUGGCCCCCUUUAUUUCUCCAGAGAAGCCACAACCCUCCCUGAGCCUUGUUCCUUUGGCCCCAAAUCUCCCAUUACCUUCCCUUCCCAAGCCUCUUACUCCUACCGUCUCCUCUCUUUAUCCUGCAUUGACGAAGAAGGAGAAUCCUAAAGAAACCCCCAAGUCACCUAUCCUCCCCCCUGACCCAAACUCCCCUCUUGUUGACCUCUUGUCAGAGGAUCCUCCUCCCUAUAACCCCCUGAGGAACCCGGAGAUCAUGAAGCUCACCCUGCGGUGGCCCUGCCGCAGGACUCUUCGCCUGUUGACUCGCCCGUCGCGAGGGAAUAAUGGUCAGCUCCAAUACUGGCCCUUCUCUGCAUCUGAUCUUUACAAUUGGAAACAGCAUAAUCCUCCCUUUUCCAAGAAUCUUGUAGCAUUAACUAAUCUGAUAGAGUCUAUUUUAGUCACCCAUCAACCCACUUGGGAUGACUGUCAGCAGCUUUUGCAGACUCUCCUUACUUCUGAGGAGAGACAUAGGGUUUUCAUGGAAGCGCGGAAGCAGGUUCCGGGAGACGAUGGGAGGCCAACCCAGCUGCCCAACGAGAUCGAGGCUGCCUUCCCACUCACCAGGCCUGCAAGGCCUGAUUGGGAUUUUGCUACAGUAGCAGGUAGGACACACCUACGCCUUUACUGCCAGUUGCUUAUAGUGGGUCUCCGAGGGGUGGGUCGCCGCCCCACCAAUUUGGCCCAGGUAAAGCAGAUAACUCAAGGGGCAGAGGAGUCUCUCGCAGCUUUUUAAGAAAGACUUAAGGAAGCAUACUGCAUGUAUACGCCUUAUGACCCUGAGGAUCCAGGGCAGGCUACUGGUGUAUCAAUGUCAUUUAUUUGGCAGUCAGCAGCUGAUAUUAGAAAUAAGUUACAGAGAUUAGAGAAUUUGCAAGGAUACACUACAGAAGAUUUGCUUAAGGAAGCUGAAAAGAUCUUUAACAAAAGGGAGACUCCAGAGGAGAGGGAGGACCGUAUUCGUAGAGAGAGAGAAGAGAGAGAGGAUAGGAGAGACAGAAAAAGGAACAAGGAACUGAGCCGUCUGUUGGCCGCCGCAGUUCAGAGUCAGGAUAGCCGCAAGGGAGAUAGGAUGGGAGAACAAAGAGGCCCUAGACUGGAUCAUGAUCAAUGUGCCUACUGCAAGGAAAAAGGACAUUGGGCGAGAGAUUGCCCCCAAGAAGCCUCGCAACCUAGAGGCCCUAAACCACAGGUCUCACUCCUUUCCCUAGAUGAUGACUAGGGAAGUCAGGGCCAGGAGCCCCCCCCCCCCGAGCCCCAGGUAACACUCAAUGUUGGGGGGCAACCAGUCACCUUCCUAGUCGAUACCGGAGCCCAGCAUUCAGUCCUCACCCAGUCUGCAGGACCACUCAGCGAGCGAACUGCCUGGGUGCAAGGUGCCACAGGUGGAAAACGAUAUCGUUGGACCACCGAAUGGAAGGUACAGCUGGCGACUGGUAAAGUAACCCAUUCCUUCCUACAUGUCCCCGACUGCCCAUAUCCAUUAUUAGGGCAAGAUUUACUCACUAAAUUAAAGGCCCAAAUUCAUUUUGAAGGGGAGAGAAUUCAAGUAGCAGGCCCAAAUGGGGGCCCCCUACAGGUGUUGACCUUGCAAUUGGAAGAAGAAUAUCGACUGUAUGAACACGACCCUGAGACUCAGGGGCCCAAGGACUUGGACACUUGGCUUACGGAGUACCCCCUGGCAUGGGCAGAGAUGGGAGGUAUGGGGCUAGCCUUACAGCAGCCUCCAUUGAUCAUAGAUCUGAAGGCCACGGCAACCCCAGUCUCAAUUAAACAAUACCCCAUGUCAAAUGAAGCCUACCAAGGGAUAAGGCCCCAUAUAAAGAGACUGUUAGACCAAGGUAUCCUGACUCCCUGUUGGUCUCCAUGGAACACCCCCCUUCUCCCAGUAAAAAAACCAGGGACAGGGGACUAUAGACCGGUACAGGAUCUCAGGGAAGUCAAUAAAAGGGUUGACGACAUACAUCCAACUGUCCCCAAUCCAUAUAAUUUACUGAGCACCUUGCCACCAUCUCAUAUCUGGUAUACAGUGCUGAAUUUGAAGGACGCCUUCUUCUGUCUCAGGUUGAACCCCAAGAGCCAACCCCUUUUUGCUUUUGAAUGGAAGGACCCUGAACUGGGGAUUUCAGGCCAACUAACUUGGACCAGACUCCCACAGGGCUUCAAGAAUAGUCCCACCCUCUUCGAUGAGGCCUUGCAUUGAGACCUCGCGGACUUCAGAGUUCAACACCCGUCACUAAUCUUGCUCCAGUACGUGGAUGACCUUCGACUGGCAGCCUCCACAGAACAUGACUGCCGGCAAGGUACGGGGGCCCUAUUACAGACUCUGGGAUGGCUGGGCUAUCGAGCAUCUGCCAAAAAGGCCCAGAUAUACCAGACUGAAGUGACUUACUUGGGAUAUAAACUGAAGGGGGCGCAGCGCUGGCUUACAGCCGCAUGCAAAAAGACUGUGGCUAAUAUACCCCCACCCCGAAGCCAUCGCCAGCUGUGGGAAUUUCUGGGGACUGCUGGGUUCUGCCGCCUAUGGAUACCAAGCUUUGCGGAAAUGGCGGCCCCCCUAUACCCCCUCACCAAACAGGGGGUCCCCUUCAUAUGGACAGAUGAGCAGCAACAGGCCUUUGAGAACAUUAAACGAGCCUUCCUAUCCUCUCCAGCUCUAAGCCUGCCUGACAUCACAAAGCCAUUCGAACUGUUCAUUGAUGAAAAACAAGGCUAUGCUAAAGGGGUCUUGACCCAGAGACUUGGGCCAUGGAAGCGUCCUGUUGCCUACUUGUCCAAGAAAUUGGACCCAGUGGCUUCAGGCUGGCCCCCUUGCUUGAGGAUGGUGGCUGCCAUAGCCGUUCUCAUAAAGGACGCUGGCAAGCUAACUUUGGGACAGCCUCUGACUAUCCUGGCGCCCCAUGCUGUUGAGGCGCUGGUCAGGCAGCCCCCUGACCAAUGGCUCUCCAAUGCCCGUAUGACGCACUACCAAUCCUUGCUGUUGGACGCGGACCGAGUCCAAUUCAGACCUGUGGUUGCCCUCAAUCCGGCUACCCUGCUACCUCUGCCAGAGGGGCCCGAUCAGCACGACUGCCUUCAGAUCCUUGCGGAAAGGCAUGGAACUCGAGAAGACUUGACUGAUCAGCCCCUCCCAGAUGCAGACCACACCUGGUACACUGAUGGAAGCAGUUACCUACUGAAUGGUGAGCGCAAGGCAGGAGCCGCGGUUACCACGGAAACUCAGGUAAUCUGGGCCAGUGCAUUACCCAGUGGCACCUCGGCUCAGCGAGCUGAACUUAUUGCUCUGACCCAGGCUCUCAAGCUGGCAAAAGGUAAGAAGCUAAAUGUUUAUACUGACAGUCGGUACGCAUUUGCCACUGCACAUAUACAUGGAGAGAUUUAUCGGAGGUGAGGGCUCCUAACCUCAGAAGGAAAGGAAAUCAAAAACAGAGCAGAAAUCCUUGCUCUAUUAAAGGCCUUAUUCCUCCCCAAAAGACUGAGUAUUAUGCAUUGCCCUGGCCACCAAAAAGGAGAUCACGCCGAGGCCAGAGGAAAUCGGCGGGCGGAUAAAGCGGCCCGAGAGGCUGCUUUGGGACCACAGAUCCUCCCCAUAGUAUCUGAGCUCGUCCAAUCCACUGCAGAUUGGACCUAUGAUAAAGAGGAUAUAAAUUUACUACAAAAAUUAGGGGCGGAAUAUAACCCUACAAGCGGACAAUGGGUUUACAAAGGAAAAAUAGCCGUGCCCAUAAAAAUAACCCAUGAACUCAUAGACUAUUUACAUAAAUUGACCCACUUGGGUACGAAGAAAAUGAAGAUUCUUUUAGACAGAAUGGAAACUGGACAAUACCUACUGAACCGAGAUGGGGCACUCCAACGGGCAACAGAUAACUGCAGGGCCUGUGCUCAAAUUAAUGCAGGCCACUCAAAAGCUCUCCAAAGGGUGCGUCUCCGAGGACAUUGACCAGGUGUCCAUUGGGAAAUAGACUUUACUGAAGUAAAACCUGGUCUAUAUGGAUAUAGGUACUUACUGGUGUUUAUAGACACCUUUUCAGGAGGGGUAGAGGCCAACCCCACCAGACAUGAGACUGCCAAGAUGGUUGCCAAGAAGCUACUAGAAGAAAUUUUUCCCCGAUUCGGAAUGCCAAAGGUAUUGGGUUCUGAUAAUGGGCCGGCCUUUGUCUCCCAGGUAAGUCAGUUGGUGGUCAAGCUGUUGGGGAUUGAUUGGAAACUGCAUUGUGCAUAUAGACCCCAGAGUUCAGGACAGGUAGAACGUAUGAACAGAACUAUUAAGAAGACUUUAUCUAAAUUAACGCUUGCAACUGGCUCAAAAGAUUGGGUGUUACUCCUGCCCCUGGCCCUAUAUCAGGCCAGGAAUACUCCUGGGCCACAUGGCCUUACCCCUUUUGAGAUACUAUAUGGGGCACCACCCCCAGCCAUACAUUUUUUUGAUACGAACAUUACAGACUAUGCUAACUCCCCUUCCUUACAAGCUCAUUUGCAGGCCCUACAGCUGGUGCAACAGGAGGUCUGGAAGCCCCUGGCAGCGGCAUACCAGGAUAACCUUAACCAGCCGGUGGUGCCUCACCAGUAUCAGAUCGGGGACACUGUUUGGGUCCGCAGACAUCAAACUAAGAACCUGGAACUGCGCUGGAAAGGACCGUACACUGUUCUCCUGACUACCUCAACGGCACUGAAGGUGGACGGGAUUGCUGCCUGGAUCCAUGCUUCACACGUGAAAGCAGCUAACCCAGAACAACAGACGGACAGCGAGAAGAAAGGAUGGAAGGUCCAGCGCACUCAAAACCAGCUAAAGCUAAGACUCAUCCGUGGGGCCCCUUGA